CUAUUGACACAGAUGUUUAAAAAGUAACACUGCUGUCAUGGUGGGCUUGCUAAAGAUCACUGGCCUUGUGGAACUGGCUGUAUGUGACAGUCUACAUGAGAAACCAGAUGUUAAGACACUAGAAGAGCAACUUCAGGGAGGCCAAAUAGAAGAGGUGAUUCUUCAGGCUGAAAAUAAACUAAGUCUGGGAAGAAAAAUGGUUCAGUGGAAACCACGGGAGUCUUUAGCAGAAGAGCCUCCUGCCAACCAAUGGAAAUGGCUAACAUAAAUAACAUUAAAUGACUUGUGUGUUGAUGGGAAACUGAUGUAAAUAAAUAUUGUUAUAUCAGGAAAAUAGCAACACAUACCCAAUUUAAAGGGAAAAAUGCCAAAAGCCUGUAAAUGUUUUCAA